AUGACGCUUGCAUGGCGCAAGAGCGACCGCGGCACGCAAAUGGGCUACCUGGUCAGUGCUGGGGUUCCAAAGGCCAAGCAGUGCAAGCAGGUCGUGUGCUUGAGUUGCGUCCAGAACUUGCUUGGCGUGGUGACGGAGAGCGCAGAUGGUUUGUCGGUCACGUUGAGCGGCAGGAAAGAUGGUGGACAAGAUACGCCCAUCUUGUGCCGGCAAAGGGGAGGAGGCCCUUGGAGCCAAAGCUUGCAGCUCACGGACGACGUGCUAAGCUUCCUCUGUCAGCAGAAUGCAACGACGGGGUUGGGGCAGAGGCAAGUGGCCACGGCGGCGUCCCAAAUUGGAGAGCGGGGCAUGGCCAAGGGGGUACGGCCCAGGGUGAAGGGCGCCUCAGAGGAGACGAGCACUGAGGAGGCAACGAUGGGCAUCAAGGAGCAGGCGGUGCGCUACCUCAAGAUGAUGGCUGCUCCCGAGGGGUCGGUUCACGUCUUCCAGCCCGCAGAGUCGGCAUCCCCUCCGCUUAGGCUGUACAUGUGUGGAUGGGAUCACAACGAGGAAGGCCGGGCAAAGAAACUGGGAAAGCCGGACAAGACGCAUGCUUUGCCGGAGACAGUCUGGUGGGACACGCGCGGCGAGCUCUGCUGUACGUGCGAUCGGGGCCGGCUGACGGAGGACGCGCCGUGCGUGCACAAGCUGGCUUUUGCGGCCAUCAGCGAAAGCUGGACCUUAACAGCGGAGCUGCCCACCUACGAGUCGCUUGGCAAAGGGGCAAGGGUAGAGCGGGUUCGAGCAGACGCGACGGGGAGCUAUUUUGCGGUAGCGGACAAUGUUCAGGGGCCACCGGGCCCUCGAAGGCGCAUGGUAUUCCGCAGCAGCAAGGGGGUGUGGUACUGCGAAGGGAAGCGCGACGGGUGCCCAAGCCUCACCGACUGCUCGCACGUCAUAGCGGCAAAGGCAGCUCUGAAGAAUGAGGGAGACCUUCCAGUCGCCGAUCAGAUGGUUCUGAGGCUCUCGGAACCUCUACCAAUGGCGGCGCUGAGCUGGCUCGAGCAGUGGAACGGCGACUUGCCAAAGAUUGGAGUAUGCCCUGCCGUGGGCACCUCCUCGCAGGGGGGAGGUGAUGCGAGGUUGUUGGAGGAGGAGCGGUAUCUUGUUGGCUUGCUGGAGCGGCGGCCCCAUGAGCAAGCAACCUGCGCCGGCGACUCAUGCUUCUGUCGUCAGCACGAGCGCCUCUUUCGAGAGGCCGCCGUCGCACAAACUUCCAACGAUCGGGAGAGCUAUGGGGGCAAUCGUGGCAGGGAAGGGGGGUCGGCUGACGAGGAGGCGCCCCCUCACAAACGGGCGAGGCGGAACAAGGCUUUCUGGGAGGCGCACAAGCAAGAUUCGCAAGGUCCAGCCACAAGAGUGGGGUGGGGCGCUCGGCCGCCGGCAGAAGCGAGGGGCAAGGAGGCAAUUCGAGGCUUGGUGGACGCGUGCGCGAGCUGCUCGUUGGCUGCACUAGCGGUCGCUGGGGGCCGAUGCGAGCAUGAAGAGGACUUGAGGGUUCGCACCCCCGUCAUGCUCCUUACGACUGAGGCCGUCCAAGUCACAAACCCCAAGCUGGCACGGUUGAGCGAUGCGCAUGCCGUCCACGACCCGCUCGUGACUUCGCUCGACCGCCCCGUUCCUGUGAGCAAGCUGAGGGAUUGCAACUUUCAGGAGCUGUCAGAGAAGGGGUUGUUGAGCGCGCCCUGCCCCAUUGAAUUGCCGGCGUGCGGCGGCUCAUGGGUCGAGACAUGGAUCGAGGCGGACGUGACGGCCUCCCAGUGGAGCCAGCGGGUGCGGCACGGGCACAGCUUCAAGGCGGAGCUGGCAACGCAUCAGUCGGCCUUCCAGCGCUCCCCGGAUGCGAUCGUCUUGAGCGAGGAGACAUGGCGCCGGGCGAGCCUCGACUUCUUCAAGCUGGUUGGGCUGGGGCUUCGGGAUUGCUGCUCGUUGUGUGGGCCACAUCCAAAGAUCCUCAUCUGCGACGGCAUUGUCGGCCUCGCCAGCGCGGACGGCGCGCAAAAGCCAGGCGGGCUUGGAAGCUCCUCGCUCGACGCGCGGCGCACGUUCUGCCACCCUAGCCGUACCUCCACGGGAGCUCUCCUUGAGAAGCGGCCCAUCGCCGGCCGCGACUAUUGCGGGUCCGGUCUUCAGGGGGCCGGAUUGAAGCGCAAGCUCUUGCUGCUACCUGAGUUGCAAGAAGCGCUCGCGCGCCUCUCUCAACAUCGGCCCAAGGACGAGAGGCUUGGCCCGAGGAGGCUGUCAAAAGUGGAGUAUGAAGCGCUUUUGAACGGGCUGGCUCACGAGGACCCCCAGAUCGUGAAGCGUUUCGGGCCGGAUGAGGCGGGGGGCCCGCUUCCAGAGGACGGCAGACGGCGCAUGCUCGCUGAGGAGCGCACGAUGGUGCGAGAUCGAAAUCUGGCCGUCUUCGAGUUGCUGACGGGAAUUCAGAUCGACUUUGAGAGGCGAGGGUUGAGUCCAGACCUGUGGCAGCACUGGGUGGGCGAGUGGACGGAGCUUCUGUACUCUCUCGGCGCGCACGACAGCGAUGAGGCUCUCAUCGGACCUGGCGCAUUGCAUGUGGCCCGGAAGCUGCUCCUGGGUGGCGAGGCAAUUCGCGAGGAUCGGCGGGACUUGGCAAGGGACGCACCAAUCCUGCGGCGCAUCGUGGAUUCGUGCGGAGGGCUCACAUUCCCGGCCUUCUUCAUGCGCACGCUUCAACAUCUCUAUCUCAUUGCUCUCUUUUCAAGGGGGGCGACGGGGUUCGAGGCCGACGGGCAGCUUGGUUGGGUGCACGAGGCGCGCGCCCCAUUGGACCGAGCUGUUGACCUCCUUACGGAGGCUCGAGCACGCCCCCUGAGCAUCGAGGAACGGCGACAGUUAAACGAGGCGCGAGGGGUGGCAAACGAGUUGCUCCCGGGCGUCGAGAGGUUGGAGCCAAGCUCCCGGCAGUGGGAGGGGAUGAGCGGUCAUGAGCGCUCGCUUCUGAGAGAGAGGCUGGGGCGUGACGAGGAGGGAGACGAGUUGCACCCGUUGCCGGCGGGGCACGCUUCUCGAGCCGAACAGGACGUCUUGGCGUGUUAUCCGUUCCCUGGUUGGAAGCAGAAGCGGGGGUUGCCGUGGUACAGCAGCUUCGAGUAUCCGGACGGCCGCAGUAAGAGCUUGGAGGAGAACAAAUGCGCAACGGGAAAGUCGAUGACCGAGUGGGAUGCUGAGAACGUUCUCGGGCUGGUGAAGGGGGCCGGAAAGCUCUCAGGGAAGAAGGGUAGCAAGAGUAAGAGGCCGAAGAGGACUAGGGGGGGUUACGUUUUUGCGUGCCCGCAUCGGGUCAUCUACGGAUUCCACGUGAUGCUGCGCGGGGAGAGCCCAAGAGACGCCUUUGCCGUGCUCUACACUCGGCUGAGGCGGGAGGAUCUGCCACAUGUUUUGGUGCACGACAACGGUUGUGCCUUGCGCAACUACUGCUUCCGCAGAGAACCGGCGUUUUUUGCCAAUGUUCGGUUUGUCGUCGACAGGUUUCAUUUCUCAAAGGCCGGGCAGGAGGUACACAAGUGCGGCCCCUCAAAUUGCCCGGACAGCUAUCCGUCGCUCCACUGGAUAAACACUAGUGCAGUGGAGUCGGUGAACUCCUUUUUGAAGGGGUUCAGGAGUCUGGGGUGGUACUCGGGGCUCGAGAGCUUCAUGGUGAUCUUGCCGCUGCUUCUGGGCGGCUAUAAUAGCUCUUUGAAGCGCGUUGACGACGCCAAGCUUAGCAUCGUACUUGCAGCAGCCGUGUGGACGGUAGGG